GGGAGGAACCCAGAAGGAGCGAGAGAGAACUAGGAGAAACCCAGAAGACACGAUGAGCGCCUACGACCCUUUCAGCCCCUUGCGGAAACCUUGGGAUGACCACCGCUAUGGCCGCACCACCAAGUCCAGCAUCUCCUCCAGCCUGUACACCGUGCACCGCUCGACCACCCCCAAGCGCUCAGUGCGUACCAGCUCGAUGUCCUCGCUGCCCGACCUCUCCGAGCGGGUGGACCUGGCCCAGGUGAGUAGCCUGAACGCCGAGCUGCUGACUCUGCGCGCCCAGGAGCGGGAGCAGCUGAUGGACCUCAACGACCGCUUCGCCACCUACAUCGAGAAGGUGCACUUCCUGGAGCAACAGAACAAGGUGCUCCUGGUGGAGCUGGAGGCGCUCCGCCAGAAACAGAGCGACCCGUCCCGCCUGCACCAGAUCUACGAGGAGGAGAUCCGGGGACUGAGGGCUCUGGUGGAUGCCGAGAGCGCCGAGAAGGCCAGGAUGGAGGCGGAGAGGGAGCGUCUCCGUGAUGUCUACGGACAGGCCAAAGAAAGGUACGAGGAAGAGGUGAGGCUCCGCAUGGAGGCCGAGGGCGAGCUGCAGAAGGCGCGGGAGAGCGCCGACAAGGUGCUCCUGGCCAACAGCGACUUGGAGGGCUCCAUCAGCUCGCUGGUGGAGGAGAUCGCCUUUCUGAAGAAGGUACACGGCGAGGAAAGUGCCGAACUGGCGGCGCAGAUCCAGGCGGCGCACCUGACCGUGGAGGUGGAGGUAGCCAAGCCCGACCUGUCGGUGGCCUUGCGGGAGAUCCGCUGCCAAUACGAGAAACUGGCACAGAAGAACAUGCAGGCGGCCGAGGACUGGUACCGCACCAAGUUCGCCACCGUUUCCGAGCUGGCGAGCCGCAACAGCCAGGCGGUGCGCUCCAUCCGCGAGGAGACGGCCGAAUACCACCGGCUGCUGCAGUCCCGCCGCUCCGAGAUCGACGGGCUCCGCAGUGUCAUCGACUCCCUGCAGAAACAACUCGAAAGCCUGGAGGAGCGGCAGGCCAAGGAGGUUGGGAAGUACCAGGACCGCAUCAAUGAGCUGGAGAAGGAGAUCCACGAGGCGAAGCAGGAGAUGGCGCGGUACCUGAGGGAAUACCAGGACCUUCUCAACGUCAAGAUGGCUCUCGACAUCGAGAUCGCCGCCUACAGGAAACUUCUGGAAGGCGAAGAGUUCCGACUGAGUUUCUCGUCACUGCAGCCCUACAGUUAGAGCGUGGAUCCUGAGUAACCGUGCAGCCUCGCCCAUCACAUCCUCCCCUCCCCUCCACCCCACAGCCGGCUGCCCAGCUUCAUCCACCCCGUGAACACGUGUGUACACGCACCAGUGUGCGCGCACACUUACACGCAGUGGUGCAUUUGUGCAAGGUCACGCAUCUGACCCCCUCCCUUUGAUCACACACCUACCCAGUGGACAGAGCGAUGCGUGAUAACGGGGGGGGGGGGGAGAGGCUGAGGGGUUGGGGAACACUGGACCUGGACUCAACCUCCACACUCCCCUCUGUGAUCUCCCCCCCCCUCCAGAUACAGAGACAGACUCGCUUCACUGUCACAUGUACUGCGUCGUUUGUUUCGACAACCAGCAGUCUGAGGAUGUGCCCGCAUGCCCACGGAACUCCACUGAGGUCAGGCCUGCCUGGAGGGGGGGUGACUCUAGUAUGCUGCUCCCCCGUGACCUUGGCCUUUGAUCAAUGGUGAGGAUGCUUCCCCUGCCGAGGUUGGGGGUAGGGGGUGAAAUGCCCCAGGAUUCGAUGUUGGCGAGGCUGAUGGUGGAGUGAUGGAACCGCCCACACAGACACCCAUCCUUCCCUAAAACAUCAGCAGGACUCGUAGCUCACUGACAGAGAGAGAGAGAGAGAGACCUCUAAAGCAGGCCACCCACAGAUCACCGACACACAUACAGAGACCCCCUCCCACCCGACAUUGAGGCUGGGACACCGACACACAUACAGAGACCCCCUCCCACCCGACAUUGAGGCUGGGACACCGACACACAUACAGAGACC